GGAGCCUGCCUGCCUGCCUUCCACCCGCUUCCUUCCAUGAAGCAAAGGCCUUGUGAUGAGGCAAGGGGAACGCGCUAUAUGAUAGGCACUCAUUUCCUCCAAUUAAAAAAGCGAUAUGCCGGCGCUGGACUAUGGAAAAGUACUAUUUACAUCACAGGGGAAGGAAAAGAGCUGGGAGGCUGCUGCGCGUGGAGUCUGAAAGGAAUUCCGGACACGAGAGGCUUGUCAGGGAAGGAAACGGAUCGCUCCAGGGGACACGAAUCUGGAGGCGUAGUAUUGCAAUAAUGAAGAAAAAUAGCUGGCGAGGAAGAGAAAAUCAUGCACGGAGCAAUCGGAGACAAAUUUACAAUCCCAGGCCGUAUCGGAUACGCAAUCACUGGAGCCAUACAGAAAGGCAUGAACAAGAAGAAUUGCAAAACUCACAGAAUCCAGGUACAAGCCAAAGUGAAUAUCCCUCUACAUCUUCUGGCAUGUGCCAGAGCAGUCCAGUACCUGAAUUACCAGGAUUUUACUAUGAUCCUGAAAAGAACCGUUACUUCCGCUUGCUUCCUGGGCAUAACAACUGCAACCCUCUCACCAAAGAAAGCAUUCAGCACAGGGAGACGGAAUGUCAAAGACUGAAGCUCUUAGAAGAGGAAGAGAAACGCAUGAAGAAAACAUCCAGAUCUGGGCUGAACUCAUCAAUCAUCUUACGUAAGAGGCAGUUAGGUUUGUUUAGCUCUGUUAGUUAUUGCAGGCUGAUCCAUGAAUUAAAGGUGAAUUGCAUGCAGAGAAGAAAAAUAGAAAUUGAAAGCCCAGAUUCUUCCAUUUCUGGGAGCAACAAUUUUAAACUGAUAGCGGCAGACGCAGCCUGUGAGAGGAUAUUCACUGUGAAUGAUGUAGACCACGGAGGAUGUAAAUAUGGAAUUGUCGACCUCAGUGGCUUGGGGAAAGAUUCUCUUACUGUGGAGAUGUACGACAAUCUGUACUUCACAAAUCGCAAGGUGAAUUCUGUGUGCUGGGCGUCACUAAGUCAUCCGGAUUCCCAUGUUUUGCUGUGCCUCAUGGGCGUUGCAGAAACUUUGGGCUGUGCUAGUCUACUCCCUGCUUACUUGUUCACCAGCUCUAACUCAGGUAGUGCAUACCAGUUGGGAGACCAACCUGGAAUGCUGUGCAGUUUCAAGAUCUCCACUGCCUGGUCCUGUGCUUGGUGUUUGAAUCCUCAGGCUGAUAACUGCUUUAGCACAGGUUUAACCCACCGAGUGCUGGUGACUAAUGCAAUGACAGGUCAUCGGCAGACAUUUGGCACUAGCAGUGAUGUACUUGCACAGCAGUUUGCUGUCCAGUCUCCAGUACUAUUCAAUGGCUGUCGUUCAGGGGAGAUUUUCAGCAUUGACAUUCGUCAGCGCAGCAAUAAAGGGCAAGGCUGGAAAGCUGUCCGUCUCUUCCACGAUUCAGCAAUCACAUCCGUUAACCUUCUGAAAACUGAGCAGUAUCUCAUGGCUGCAGAUAUGGCAGGACAGAUAAAACUGUGGGACCUGAGAAAACUAAGAUGUGUGAAAGAGUAUAGAGGCCAUCACAAUGAACAUGCCAUUCUCCCUUUGCAUGUAAAUGAGGAGGAAGGACUUCUUACAGCAGUGGGUCAGGAUUGCUACACCAGAAUAUGGAGUCUUCAAGAUGCUCAUUUGCUCAGGACUAUCCCUUCUCCAUAUCCAUCUUCCAAGGACUCCAUCCCAAGUGUGGUGUUCUCAUCACAACUUGGAGGCACCCGAGGUGUUCCUGGUUUGCUCAUGGCUGUCAGACAAGAUCUCUAUUAUUUCUCUUACAAGACAGAUGAUCCAUAUUGCCUGCAUACCAAAGACAUGGAUCAUCCCACUGUCCUUGGUGACGAUGAAAAAAUGUGACGCCUUCCUGUCCUGAAACUGUUGUACUGGCAUGGACUUUGAGCUUUUCAUUUUCUUCUGCAUUUCACCUCAAGAACUAUAAUUAUGAUGAACUGAUCAUUUAGAUCAUUGAGUUAUUUGUGCUCUUUCCAAGCAGUUAAUUUAUUAUCUCUUCGUAUAUAUUGUCAAUUGCAGAUGUUUGAAACUCCCAGAAUAUUUCCAUAUACUCUGGUAGGCUUUGCGCACUGCCCAUAUUGCGUGCUUGCUCGUUUAAUUAUGUAGUGAGAAGCUAUAUAGAACUUACCUAGGCAUCAAAACUAAACUAGGGGAGAUAACAUUUAAGGUAGUGAUUUCACCAUCAAUGAAAACCUGUAAAAAUGUUGUCUUCAAUAAAGAAUGUGGUAGACAGGAAAAUUACCCUGAAUUUUCCUGAUGACUGGAAAUGUGUGAUUAUAGCAUAGCUUUCUAAUUUCUUAGAAUGCGGCACUUAGCUUGCUUGUCGAAUUUGUUAGGAAGGCUUAUUGCUUUUCACAGGCUGUAUUGCAGAGUUUCUAAGGUGGUUCUGUUCAUGCCCUCCUAUGUCCAAGAGGUAGCCAAAAGAAGA